CCCCACCCCCCCCCCCCACCUCCCUCAACCAUCUCCUGCUGGCGACCCCGAUCAUCGCUCUACCAUGAUCAGUGCCACUAAGCGCUGGUUCCGGCGCAAUCGCAAGGGCCUUGCAAUCGGAGCGGGCGUUAUCGGAGCGGGCUAUCUCGCCGGCCAAUAUGUACUGGGCAAGAUCUCGGAGGCAACCGAGCGUAUGGGGAGUGAUCGUAUUGCUCGAGAGAACCUACGGAGACGCUUCGAACAGAACCAAACCGACUGUACCUACACCGUCCUAGCACUCUUACCCACUGCCGCGGAGGAUAUAUUGGAGGCAUUGCCGGUCGAGGAGUUGACGAAAGAGCUACAAAAGAAACGCGCCGAGCGGUUAGCUCGCCUCGGCACUGCUGAGGGAACAAGCUCUGAUCUGAGCUCAAUCUCGCCGAGUAUCACAGAUGAUGAUCGCCGAAGCCUCUCCAGCUUCCAGAGCGAUGGUUUUGUCCGCGCAAGUCAGCUAGGAGAAUCCACACUUGAGGGUGCCGCACCGUCGCCGUCGCCAAAGCGGAACAAGACUCAGUUGUGGAAUGAGGUUAAGAUCACCUCUAUCACUAGGUCUUUUACGCUGAUCUACACCCUAUCCCUACUGACUAUUUUCACUCGUAUCCAACUCAACCUUCUUGGUCGUCGAAAUUAUCUGUCUAGCGUGAUCUCUAUGGCCACACCCCCCGCGGAUGCAUCGACGAUCAGACUUGAAGACCAUGAUGAUGAUGACCUUACACAGACUCUGGGUAAUGACUUCGAAACCAACCGGCGGUAUCUGGCCUUUAGUUGGUGGCUUCUUCACCGUGGCUGGAAGCAAUUGAUGGAGGAAGUGCAAUCCGCUGUGACGGAAGUUUUCGGGUCAUGCAACCCCAGAGAGGAUAUUUCGCGAGGCAAGUUGGCAGAAUUGACCCUGCAAGUCCGAAGGAAAGUGGAGGGGGAUACCGAGGAGGACCGAAAAUGCCGGAAGUGGCUAUCCUAUCUGCUUCCCCCGAGAGAGGAAGAGGAUCAUCUGCUGGAAGAGUCCGGUGUUCUAGGAGUGACAGAACCCUACUCUCCUCAAACCACUGCGACACUGCGGCACCUGUUGGACGAGACAGCUGACCUCAUUGACUCUCCGACAUUCACCCGCGUUGUCUUGCUUCUCAACAACGAGUGCUUCGAAACCCUGAUCCAACAAUGCGCAACGGAGGCUUUUAAGUCAUCGCACAUGCCUGCCCCACAGUCGUUCACCUCCGUUGCGACGGUCAUCCCUGCGGCAGUCAGCUCGGAACCGAAGACUAAGCUUGCAAAUGUGCUGGCUGUAUUGGCUCGACAAGCCCAUGUGAUCGGCAACGGCACUGCUCCUCCCAACUUGUACCUCAACGCCAUGGAACAAGGAGUUCGGGAGCUGGAAGCUUUUGCGGCCGUCGUGUACAGCUCCAACUUCGAUGCUGAACUGCUCGAGUCUGAUGCAAAAACGCGAUCGAUGAGCGUGCCGGCAGAAACAAGCUCCGACACACCCUCUUCCCCGGGCCCCGUCAUGGUUGACACGGAGGAUAUUGAGGACCAGGCUGUCCAAUCGAUGUCGAGUCUGACAGUUGCGGAUGACUCAACCUUUGAGACGGCGUGGGGCAAGGCUGUAGACGAUCAGCCCUCAGCGGGACCAACUGCAUGAAUUGGAGUGAUUCCCGCUUUCUACGAAGAUGUUGCUCCCUGAAUGAACACUUAACGACCUUCCUCUACUAUAUAUAUCCGCACGACCGGCGAUCAAGCAAAUACCACGAUUGUAUCUAUUCUCCUUGGUAUGUCACUAGAACCGGAGAUGGCCAGCGGAUAAAGGGCGGAAUAAUCUGGCGCUGAAAUUGGGCGAAUGUACGAUAUCGGGAAAUCAAUAGCCUGAUCACUCUCCUAAACUGGAAAAAUCUAGAGCGUCGUAACCUG